AGGCGGGGCCAUUGGGGUGCUCAGCACCCAGCAACACCACCCCAAGCCCUGAGACAGCCCCCGGGUCCGGCUGCAUCCUGUCACAGGAUGGGACCCGCCUGUUCCUCUUCUGUGCCCUGCGGAGGAACGGCCGGAGCGCAGGCGAGUUGGGUGCUGGGGCUGAACACACACACACACAGCACCCAUUGGGACCCCCGGGUGCUGCCCUGCCCGGGCAGAGCGGGAGAGGGGUACCUGGAGGGGCCAUGGGGCACCCGAUGGCCCCCUUUGUGCUGCUGCUGCUGCUGUGCCCCGCGUCCCCCCUGUCCCCCGUGUCCCCCACGCCCCCCGCGUCCCCCUGCUUCACCGUGCCGCCGGACGCCCCCCUUGAGCUGAACCUGACCCAAACCAUCCCUCACUGCACCGAGCUGGACUGGGGCCGCUUCCAGCGCCAGCGGCGGCUGUGGCUGAACCACAACGGCAUCGAAGCCCUGAGCCCCUCGUCCCGCGUCCAGCCGGGGCUGGAGGAGCUGGACUUGUCCCACAACGCGCUUCGGGAGCUGCCGGCCCCGUUCCUGAGCGGGGCGCGGGGCUUGCGGAAGCUCCUGCUGCGGCACAACCGCCUGCGGGUCCUGCCCGACGGCUUCUUCGCCAACAGCACGGCCCUGGAGAGCCUGUGGCUGGACGGGAACCCCCUCCCGGCCGUGCCCCGCUCCGCCUUCCAGCCCGGGCUGCGCUUCCUGGCCGUGCCGUGCCGCUGCGAUGUGGUGGGCAGCGUCCUGGCCCCCUGCGCCUGCUCCCCCGCCGCCUGCCGCUGCCACUGCCUCGACCCCCAGCGCGGCCGCCUCAACGUUACCCAAUUCCACGGCUCCGAGUGCCGGGGCCGAGCGGCGCUGGCGGCCGGAGCUGCCGCGGCCGCGGCUCUCGUGGUCCUGGCGCUGGUGGCGGCUGCCGUGGUUUGGCACCGGAGGAGAGCGGCGGCCGCCGGCGUCGGGGGGGCGAAGCGGGAGCCGGCGGCGGCGGCGGCGCACGGGCAGCCCCGGUACGUCAGCAGGGCCGAUGGCACCGGCGGCUCCAACGGCAGCGCCGAUGGCUCCACACCGGACUAUGAGAACGUGUUGGUGAGCACCAGCAGCAUCGCAGUCACUGUGCCGGGAUGGACACCGGGAGGGCAGCGGUACAGCCCGCAGAUCCCGAUGCAUGACCAGUGCUCCCUGCACAGCGAGGACGCCUGGGACCAGCCCAUCUAUGCCAACACCCAGAGCCCCUGCCAGGACAGCAUCUACAUCACCCCUGACCAGUGA